CCGCCGGCCGCGGCCCUCCCCCGUCUCCUCCCCCCAUGCCCGGGGCCGGCGGCGGGGACGGCCUCCACCAUUUCCGCGGCCGCGGGGAGCGGGGACCGAGCGGUUUUCCCGAGCGCCGGCUCCGCUCAGCUGCUUCAGCACCGCGCCGCUGGACAGCGCCCGCCGGGCGGCGGCUGCGCGGCGCUUGGGGCCGCGGGCGCGGAAGGGCGCGCAGGGCAGGAGCCCCCGCGGGCAGGAGCCCCCGUCCCUGGCCAGGCUCCCCAUCCGGCGAGGUGGCCGGGCAGCGGCAGGAUGUUCCUCAAGCUGGCGGUCGUGGUGCAGGUGCUGUCGUUGCUGGCAAGCCAGGGGCAUGGCUUCCCGAAACCAGUGGGCAAAGAUAAAGGUAUACACAACAGACAAUUAAGUGUAGAAAGACCUUUGGAGGAACAGAUUGCUGAAGCUGAGGCAGACAAGAAUAGGAAAAUAGUUCCCACAGAAAAUAAGCCAGAGUUCAGGAAUUAUUCCUUUGUUGAUGACCUGAACCUGCUAAAAUCAGUAGCAGAAAGAGAGAGGAAUGAAAAGGAGAGGGAAUCAAUUAGAAGCUCUUUGUAUGAACAGCAACUGGCCAUUGAUGAUGCAGACUCCACCAAGAACCGCAGGCUUGUGGAUGACUAUGACUCUACUAAAAGUGGACUGGAUUAUAAAUUCCAAGAUGAUCCAGAUGGCCUCCAUCAAUUAGAUGGCACUCCUCUAACUGCUGAAGACAUUGUUCAGAAAAUUGCUGCAAGAAUUUAUGAGGAAAACGAUAGAGGAGUGUUUGACAAGAUCGUUUCAAAACUUCUGAAUCUGGGACUAAUCACAGAGAGUCAGGCCUAUACCCUGGAAGAUGAAGUGGCAGAGGUCUUACAACAGCUAAUUGCAAAUGAAGCAAAGGAUCGUGAGAAGGAGUCUGAAGAUUUUGAUUACCCUCCAAGCAGACCAGACAGUGAUACAAAAGAAAAGGAACAGGAAAGAAUGACACCAAGCAAAGCUGAUCAGGAUAGUUUCAUUAAUGGGGAAAUUGACGAUACACUGGAUAACACAUGGUCAUCAUCUAAUGUCUUGGAAAGAAGAAAUGAGCUGCCUUCUGAAGAUAAUUUUGAAGACCUUCAAUAUUUUCCAAACUUUUACGCACUGUUAAAAAGUCUUAAUUCAGAGACGGAGGCAAAAGAAAAAGAGACCUUGAUAACUAUCAUGAAAACCCUGAUUGAUUUUGUGAAGAUGAUGGUUAAAUAUGGAACAAUCACACCAGAAGAAGGAGUUUCCUAUCUGGAAAACUUAGAUACAACGAUAGCUGAGCAGACAAAGAAAAAGCUUGAGAACCCUUCCACUAAAACCGGAACGAAGCUACCAGCAGACAAGAGUAGUGAAGAAGCAGACAGUACAAAGGAAGAAGCAGCUAAAAUGGAAAAGGAAUAUGAAAUCUCAAAGGAUUCUACAAAAAAUGAAGACCAGAAUGCAGCAGGGAACAGUGAAGAGCCCAGAGGAAAAGCUGAGGCAUAUUUGGAAGCAAUCAGGAAGAACAUAGAAUGGCUAAAAAAACACAACAAACAAGACUAUGAUCUUUCAAAGCUGAGAGAUUUCAUUGAUCAGCAAGCUGAUGCUUACGUGGACAAGGGCAUCCUGGACAAGGAAGAGGCUGAUGUAAUUAAACGCAUAUAUGGCAGCCUGUAAAAAGCUAGUGGCUGCCAGACCUGUAGAAAACUAGUAUAGCUUCCCCCACUCCCGGCUCAAUGACUUAUGAUCUCUUAAUUUGAGGAUACCAUUAGAAAUGCUCUGUUUACAUUGUACUGACAACUUUCUAGACAGAAACGAAGAGCUGUAGUGCUCUGUACACUGACUGCAUAUACUGCAUUUUCCUACACUCACAAAUCAACCCGAAGCUCCAAAUUCUGAUUCCAAAUUUCCAUUUGAUAGGGUGAAUGUUUAUGUAAUGUUCUCUUUGAUUUAUUAUUUAUGUUGGGUUUAAUAUUGUAGAUAAACCAACCGUUUCUGAUGGAAAGUUCUUUUAAUGCUACAUCUUUUUGCUGUCACUCCACUAGCUUUCUAUAGAUGCAACAAUGUAAAGGGCAUUAUUAGAAAAUAGUUCAUAGUUCUCUGAAUAAAACAUUUGAAAAUAAUUUACCCAUUAUUCAUUAAUCUUAAUAUGAUUUUAUAUCUAGAAAUCUUGUUUUUAAAUCCUAAUACUUUUUUUUUUCUUGACCCUUUUUAUUUCUUUAUGUAGUAUUCUAUACCUUGGGCUAUAGUGUCCUUAGCAACUGAUCCAUCUUUGGCACUGCAACUGCCUUUCACAUCACAGAGCUAUAUUCUCCCCAUUGUUGCUUCAUUCAGCAAGUAUAAACAUUCUCUUGGUGCACCAUUUGAUGAUUGUGCAUGCAUAAUUAGUUGAAUUCCUGAUGCGAGUAGCUUGAUAACAAGUGUAAAUAGCCAUUACUUUCUUUAAAGAAAAGAAAAAAAAAAAGGGAAAACAAUUCAAGUCAUUUGGCUUUUGCAACUAGAGAUGUUUCUAGGAACAAGGGCCCUGCUUUUCAGAAAGGUUUAACUUAACUUAUCGUAUCUCAGCAUCUCUGAAUAUCAAGGCUGUGGUGUGUUUGCUGACUUCUGGUCUGUUUCUGUCAGUAUUAUUUUGGAAAACUAUUUUUUGGGCAUAUAUAUGCUAUCAUUAGCCAAGAAUUUGGUACUUCCUAAAGAAUGAAAAAAGAAAACAAAAUGUCACCCUCACUUGUCUUCCUCAAAGAGUUUUUGAAGAAUGGUUUAUGAGAUUUUUUCAUUUAAGUGAAUGAAAAAUUUUAUGUAUGAAGAACUCAUGAGGCAAGAUCAAAGGUAAGGAAGUUUUUAGACAGGUAAAUUUUAAACUGAGUUCACGAAGAUGUAAAUCUGAGAUUUAUCUCCUGCAGCAGUCAUUUGUCUAAAUGAACCCCAGGAAAGCCCUGUUCUCUUUAGUUAUAGGUUCGUCAUUGAGAAUUGAGGUUAUCCCUGCUCUGAUUGUUUUUUUAAAUGCAUGAUAAUUCUGAGAUUAAUACAGUCAAAAAACGUUGGCUGAUGCAGAGGUCGUUAUCUGCCGGCCAGUGAAGGGAGAUGCUGACUCAUAGCACAAAGUUCUGUAAAUGUUAAAUGGGCUGAUCAUUUCCGUCCUCGUUUUCUCAGCACAGCUGGAGAUUAAAGAAGAGGAGAUUUGAGCAACAUUUCUUAACCAACCAAAGUAAACUUUAGAAUCCUUGCAAAACAUAAAUUAUCCGCUGGACAUUAUUAACAGAACUUGUUUGGUAACAAAUAUUAAAUGAAUGUGAUAGCAAUGGGGUGUAACAGCAUAUCUAUUUGAAAACUGUUGAGACAUAAGCCAAUAAAUGCUUUCUAGCAUACAAAGAGUACAUCACUGCCUGCUCAUACACAUCCUGAUAUGGAUCAUUGAGUUGCAGUAUCAGUCACUAAUGGUGGUGUUUAUUUUUAAAAAUAAAAACUGUAUCCAGAA